AUGACUUCGGUGAGCACGAGCGUGGAGCAGGGCGAGACGCCCCUGCAGCUCGAUGUGGGUCUGCUCGCGUCGUUUGAUCUGAAUGCAAUCGAUGCCAAGGCAUACAAGAAGGACAAGGAGGGUGUGCUGAUGGCGCGCACGCGCAACGCCACCCAGGCGCUCGUCAACGCCAUCUUUCAGCAGCCCAUUGCGCGGAAUCCGGUGUAUGGGCCGCUGGCGUCGCUCCCUCCCUUCGAGACGCCGCUGCCCCGUGAAAAGGGGCUGCCGAAGCCCAAGCCGCUGACCAAGUGGGAAAAGUUUGCGCGCCAAAAGGGCAUUACCAAGCGCAAGAAGGACCGCAUGAUCUACGACGAGGAGCGCAAAGAGUGGGUGCCGCGCUGGGGCUUCCAAGGCGCGAACAAGUCGCUCGAGAACCAGUGGCUGGUCGAGGUGCCCAACACCGCCGACGACGACUUCCGCCCGGACAAGGACGCGGCCAAGAAGCGCAAGGAGCUCCGCCAAAAGAACGAGAAGCAGCACCAGCGCAACGUCGCGCGCGCCGAGGCCGCGGCGCCGGCGCCGGCCAAGUCGGAGCUUGGCUCGGGGGUGCCUGCGCGCACCAAGCGCCGCGCCGAGAUCGACGCGGACCUCGCGCGGACGCGCGGCAGCACCGCGUCGAUGGGGCGCUUCGACAAGACGCUGCAGGGCGAGUCGAAGCCGCGCGGCGUGAAGCGCACCUUCCAGGCGAACGAAAUCGAUACAAAGGCGGAGCGCGCGUCGAACCUCGCGCUUUUGUCCAAGAUCGACAAGGGCGGCGCGAAUAUGAACGUGCGCAAGGCCAUCAAGUACGCCUCCGAGGGCCAGGGGUCCAAGGCGAUGGUGCAGCGCAAGGACAAGGAGCGCGCGCCGAAGCGGCGCAAGUAG